GAACUUCAGAAGUGCCUUCGAUUAGUCUGCGAAACUGUCUGGAAAUGAGCCAGUACGUAGUUAGUAAAUGUGUACGGGGGAAAUCAAGAAAUCGAGCGAAACAACUAUUCGUCAGAUUAACACUUUCUCCUCAUUCUCUCUUAUUUCAUCCUGUGAGUUCAAAUGUCUUCUUUCAUUCAUAGUUCAUUUCAAAACAUAGUAGGCUGUGGGGUGCACGUAAUCAGUUUGAGUUAAAUGAAUUUUGGGUUAGUUUACUAGAAAAAGCGUAUGCAAAAUUAAAUGGAAACUAUGCCAAUCUUGGUGGAGGAUUACCGGUCAAUGCAUUAACUGAUAUGUCUGGGGGUAUUGAACAACGUUUUGAAUUUAAAUCGACUAUUCAACAUUCGCAUUUAGUUAAAGAAGAUCUAUUCGAUUUUAUCAAAAGUUGUAUUGAUUAUGGUUCAUUGUUAGCAUGUAGUAUUAAUGCAGCAUCGAGUACAGCUGAAAUGAUACUCGAAAAUGGUCUAGUUAUCGGUCAUACAUAUUCAAUCACACAUUAUUAUAUUAUACCAACAACAAAAGAGAAUGAUAAUACUCUAGCAAAACGAGCAAUAUUACGAUUUCGAAAUCCGUGGGGAAAUUCAAUUGAAUGGAAGGGUAAAUGGGGUGAUGCAGAUCCCAUUUGGAAUUCACUUGACGCAGUCACAAGAAAACGUCUGAGUAUUCGACGAAGAGAUGAUGGAGAGUUUUGGAUGGCUUUCGAGGAUUUUUACAAAGAAUUUGAUGUAAUGGAAGUUUGUCACAUUUCUCCGGAUACCUACGAUGAAAUUAGUUUGGAUACUGAAGAUGCUGAACAUCAUUGGCGUCUAUGGUUUAGUACUGGUACAUGGAGAGCAGGAGAAAAUAGUGGUGGAUCAUGUGCUACUCCGGGCUGUCGACAUCACUGCUACUAUUGGCGAAAUCCACAAUUUGUUCUUGAGUUAACAUCGUGUAGACGAAACCGAAAUCAAUUGUGUCAGUUUAUCGUAGCACUAAUGCAGAAACCGAAAGGAAAUGAUGUUAGUUUGAUAACUGAUGAACAAUACAUUCAAAUACGAAUAUUUCGUAUUAAACCAUACGUGAAAAUAUUCGAUAAAAAAGUAUAUGGACCUGAUGAUGUUGAACGAAUUGAAUCAACAGGUCCGUACGUCAAUCGACGAGAAGUCUCCUUAUUAUUGAAAACUAUGAGUGGUGCCUAUUUAAUAAUACCGUCAAUGGCCGAUGUUGAUGUUGAACAAGAUUUUAUUCUAAGAAUAUUUAGUGAAGAUACAAAUGUUGGUCGAACAUACGUGAAUAUAUUUCGAGAUGAUGAUGAUGAAGAAACAAAAAGAAAUUUGCUGCAACAAUAUGCAGCGAUCGAUGCACAAAUUUCUAAAAAAUCAUCAUUAUCAUUUCAAUAUAUUCGAACACUUUUUGGUAGUCGAGAAAAUGUUGAUAUACAACCGAAUGAUCCCUCAAAACAAUGUGAAGACGAACAAGUUGAUAAAAAACAAACUAUACUCAAAAAGAAUUCUAAAUAA